UCAGCAGAUGCAGCCAGAUGGUAUGCACACCAUUGCGGACUUCAUCUCCCAUGUACUGGACAUGCUAACUGGAAAACAUGAUGGACGUAAUGUUCGUAACUGCAAAAAGAAAUUCCAGAGGUUUUCAGACAUCUGGGUGACAGAAGAUCCAGUUGCAGCACUAGUGUUUAUUAGGAAAGGGCGGAAGAAAAGCAAACCCAACAAGGAAAAUGAGAGUCCAGAGGCAAAUCUUACCCCUACCCCGUGGUCUCUGUCCAAAGAGCAACUAAAGCUUGCCGAUGCCAGAGCAGCAUCUGUAACUUACAGUUCCGGCUAUGACAUCUCACCCGGACCCCACUUUUCAAAGCCUUGGACUUUACGUACCAUGAAUUCAAAAAUACAGUUUGUAACCAGUGGGGCCCUUGCCUGGUGCAUAAGGGUUUUUUUGCCGAAUCAGCAAGAGGAAACACUGUUCAUCAUUGUGAACCUCAUCAAGAGAAUGGUCUCACCACAGCUGACUGAAGAAGACAUUCCUUCUCUUCAGGAAGAUGUUCACACUGGACUGGCAAUGUUUGAGCGUGACUUUCCUCUCUCCAUGCAGAACCUAGUCACACACUUGCUCCAUCACAUUGUGGAUGGAUUUUCUACCUUUGGCCCUUUGUAUGGAAGAUGGCUCUUCCCCUAUGAAAGAGCCAAUGGGUGGAUUACAAGGCAGUGCCUGAAGAAGGGUGCAGAAGAGAGCACUGUUAUGGAGACUUAUGCUGUUUACGAGUGGUGUAUGUAUAUGGUUAUGAGUGGACGAUUCAAGCCAGCUAAAACAGAAAAUCAGAUAUGGGACUCGUGCAGUGAGGAAAUCACCUACCACUUCAAUGUCGUCCAUGGCAAAGAAAUUACACUCACAGAAGGAAUGCGGUGUCACAUGAAGGACUUCUAUCAAGCAGCAUUCAAACUGAAAAUUUUGUACUUUGGUGACAUUGCAAGUGAAGUGAAAACAUACAGUGCUGAAGGACGAAAGCUGAUUUCAAACGACGUUGGUUCGAUGAAAAACUGUUCAAUCGUAAAAGUCUUCAAUGGAGUUAACCAUUUAGACAUUCAGUUUGGUGAAGUGACUAGUUUGAUAGAACACAAUGUGAAUUGUACUAUACAGACUUGGGCGAUUAUUGACAUGUUCCCAUUGGCAGAAAGAGAAGGCGUUGUGUACAUCUUUGAGAGGAAGGCCCUUUACCAAAGGAUGUACAUGUUGACUUGAUUAGUGAUCCAGUGGUAUUCGUGAAAAAGGACAACUUCAUUUAUGUUUUGAUGUAAAUGAGAUUUCAUGAUGAAAUUUGUACUUGUACUUGAGUAGUGACACAUUGGUUUUUGUGAAAAAAGACAAUUUCAUUCAUGUUGUGAUGUAAAUGCGAUUUCAUGAUGAAAUUUGAACUUACAUGUAUUUGGUAACAGUAUUCAUCAUCAAUUUCAUGGUUCGAUGAAAAACUGUUCAAUCGUAAAAGUCUUCAAUGGAGUUAACCAUUUAGACAUUCAGUUUGGUGAAGUGACUAGUUUGAUAGAACACAAUGUGAAUUGUACUAUACAGACUUGGGCGAUUAUUGACAUGUUCCCAUUGGCAGAAAGAGAAGGCGUUGUGUACAUCUUUGAGAGGAAGGCCCUUUACCAAAGGAUGUACAUGUUGACUUGAUUAGUGAUCCAGUGGUAUUCGUGAAAAAGGACAACUUCAUUUAUGUUUUGAUGUAAAUGAGAUUUCAUGAUGAAAUUUGUACUUGUACUUGAGUAGUGACACAUUGGUUUUUGUGAAAAAAGACAAUUUCAUUCAUGUUGUGAUGUAAAUGCGAUUUCAUGAUGAAAUUUGAACUUACAUGUAUUUGGUAACAGUAUUCAUCAUCAAUUUCAUGGUUCGAUGAAAAACUGUUCAAUCGUAAAAGUCUUCAAUGGAGUUAACCAUUUAGACAUUCAGUUUGGUGAAGUGACUAGUUUGAUAGAACACAAUGUGAAUUGUACUAUACAGACUUGGGCGAUUAUUGACAUGUUCCCAUUGGCAGAAAGAGAAGGCGUUGUGUACAUCUUUGAGAGGAAGGCCCUUUACCAAAGGAUGUACAUGUUGACUUGAUUAGUGAUCCAGUGGUAUUCGUGAAAAAGGACAACUUCAUUUAUGUUUUGAUGUAAAUGAGAUUUCAUGAUGAAAUUUGUACUUGUACUUGAGUAGUGACACAUUGGUUUUUGUGAAAAAAGACAAUUUCAUUCAUGUUGUUAUGUAAAUGCGAUUUCAUGAUGAAAUUUGAACUUACAUGUAUUUGGUAACAGUAUUCAUCAUCAAUUUCAUGGUCUUGAUAAUGAACAACUUGCUUAUUUUCUAAAAAGGUGCAAAUUAUAGUUACAAUUGCUAAAGACAGAUGGUAUUGAGUGUUGAUCAAAAAUAUCUUUAUGACAUUUUUCAUGUUUUGAAGAAGAUCAUGAGAUUUUAAGCACAAAGAAAGUUGUUUAUAUUUCAUACUU